CCCUGCUGCUAGCUUUAGCAUAGGCUGAUUCUGCACUAUAUCCUAUUAAAUAUUAUGCUCCAACUGAAUCUAAAUGCUAAGGGUAACAGUAGAAAUGCAUACUGAAUGCUGAAGUGGAAAAACAAAGACAAUAUUUUUGGUAUAUUUCAAUGUCUGCAUUGGUCAUGUUCAAGUUGCUAUCAUUAGCAUAUUCAAAGGCUAGCUAGCCGUUAGCUAGAUAGAUAGCUUUUGGAUAGCUAGAUAGCUUUGUCUUUGUAAAAUGUUGCUGCAAGGGAUAAAAUAGCCUUUUCUGCCUCAUAAUGUUUGUUUGGAAAAUAGCGUGGUUAAACCGGAGCUUUCAUGCAUUUUUCCAGUCUCUUGGUGAGGGAGUGUGAAGCGCCUUUCUCCCUCAACUUCUAGCUUUCUUUGUUCACUUGAGUUGCACAGUUCAGUUUUGUGCUCUAAAUGAAUAGGGAUGCUGACGGUCAGAGCAGAAAAAUGUAAACUUGACGCUGAUGUGUAGAAAUGCUGAUUAAAGAAGAUGUAGUAGUAUUUGCUUUGGUCAUGUUCAAGUUCCUAUAUGUGCUUUGAGACGUUUUAAUUUGCAUCUAUGUACAAUGGUUGUCUUAGUAAAAUGGUGCUGUGAUAUUUCUUCUACCUCAUUGUGUUUUCUGUAAAAUAGUGUGGUUAAACAGGAGCUUUGCUAUAACUGUUUUAGUCUUGCAAAAUGGUGCUGUGUGCACUUUCACUGGAAUUUUGAUGUUUAAAUUAAUUAAGGUGCCAAUGCUUUGUUCCAUCAUGUUAGAAUCAGUUCUAUCAGUCAUUUAGGACAUCAUGAUGAGUAUAAUAUCAUUUGUUUAUGGCAUGUUGCAUGAUUAAAUGUUUCAGUGCUUCCAUUCAGUAGGCAUUGUUUGAUCUUUACCCUUGUUGUGUUUUAAAAUCGUUGUUUCAGUUUCUGAGUCAGCAGUGACAGUAGAUUUUUUUUCUCUGAUAAAAAAUACAUUGUGAGGACAUUUGAUGUGUUGCGUGUACAUGUUUUUCUGCUCAUAUUGGUGAUAACUGUUUUUAUAGCAGUGGUUUCAGACAAGUCACAGUGUUAGUUUGUUUUUCUUUUAAGAUUUUCACUAUGCUGUAAGUGUCUUAGUCUUGUAAAAUGUACUUUAUACUGCUAACUUAUCUUCAGCUGGUGCGGUCACCAUGGCGACCAACUGCCAGGCUCACACAGGGGUGUCACUAGGUUUUAAGGACAGGGGGAGGUUUAGCCCCCAUGAGAAAUUGCUUUUCCACUUUUUGGACCAAUUUAGAUUUUUUUCAGAGAUACUUUACUGUGUAAAUGUUUUAGGCCACAGUGGCCAUGACUUUUGCUCACAACACAAUAAUUCAGGGCUGCCAACUUGUGAUCAGACCUCAGAGUGCGAUUUGGUUUAUGUGAGAUGCUGAUGGGGGGGUCUGGGUGCCCUCCCCCAGAAAAUUUUGAAAAUUUUUGAUCCUAUUUCCUGCAUUCUGGUGUAUUUUAAUAGCAUUUUGUUAAAAUCUUAUUAUAGAGACAACAUUAAGGGAUAAUAAAAAAAUAUUGAGAUUUAAAAAACUGAAAAAAAAAAACAGAGCAACAGCAGGCAAUAUUGAAAAUGUUUCUUCAUGUAAAAUAUGGAUGAAGGUUCUGUGGCUGGAUGUGCACAACACAUUUCAGUAUUUUCCAUAAAUAUAUGCAUAAUUGAAAUAACUCCAUCAACCACUUUGUAACAUUUGUCUUUAUAGGAUUCUAAUGCACUCAACAGCUUCAACUGUAUACAGGAACAGGAAGAGAACAGGAAAAAAAAUGAAUUUUUGUGAGCCAUGUUGUACUCCCUGAGGCUUCAGAAAAUUCACCAGUUACUUGUAGUGCAGUUUGUAUCUGCGAUUUAUCUUUGAGGAAUAAAACUGUGUCAUUAGCUAGCUGUGAAAUCUUUAUGUCACGAUUGAAAAUGACUAAACCUUGAAUAUUUGGGUUGCAGGAAAUAUUUAAGAAUAGGAGUUCAGCCACAACCAAAACCAAGAAACAGGAAAUAGGACAUCCUUGGCAUACACCUCUUGAGACAGAAAACCUCCUAGACAUUCUGGGAUAUAAAAUCACCGAGCUAUUUAUGUCAUUAUAAAACAUAGUGAUACUAUUAAUAAAUUUAUCACCAAAGCCAAGAAUUUUUAGGGUCUGUACAAUGAAAGAGUGUUCAAUUGAAUCAAAUGCCUUGUAGAAAUCUAGGAAAACCUUCAGUGCUUUUGAGUUUAUAUAAUCUGAGUAAUCAAUUAGAUCUAAUAUUAAUCUGAUAUUAGAACUAAUGUGACGCUUUGCCAUGAAGCCAUUUUGAUUUUCACUUAUCUCUUCUAAAUUAUUUUUCAGUCAUUUAGCAUAGACUUUUGCUCAGAUUCUAUAAUCGAUAUUUAAAAGUGAAACAGGUCUCCAGUUUUCUAUUAUUAAGGGAUCUUUACCUGGCUUAGGAAUCAAGGUUAUCAGACCUUGCUUCAUGGUUGUUGUCAUUUCUUGUCUGUAAACUUCUGCUGGUGUUAGACCACGUGCAGUCUGUGACAUUGGGGUUCAUAAAUCUCCACACAUCUGUUAACAAAAGAUGAUCACUUAUAAAUGAGGUGGGUUUAAAGCCCAGUAAUGAUGCAGAUCUUGGAGGAUGUCUGUCCAUGUAAUCAUCUGGAGCAUCAUUAAAGUCUCCUCCUAUGAUAAUAGUAGAAUCUUUGUAUUUUUCCUUUAAAUCGUCCAAAGCUGAAGAGAGUUCAGUAAACAUGUCCUUUGCUUGUGAUGCUCUGUUUGGUCCAUAAACAUUACAAAUGAUAGACAUCAAAUCAUCCACCUUCAAAACUACAAUGAUCCAGCGGCCUUUGUUUGAAGCUUUGGUUUCCAGAAUAUCACCAUUAAAUCUGUUUAAAAGUACUGCCACUCCAGCUGAAUAAUUGUAUACAGGCAGUUAUAGUAGCAGCAGCAGCAGUACAUGCAUCUGCUGAUGUGGGAUUAUUUCUGCCUUUUCAGCUUUUUAAAACACAGAAAAUACACAAAGGAUUUAUCAUUUCUUCACUAUGUUGAAGCCUUAGUUUAUACUGUGUUUAUACAUUUGUCUCUGUAAAAUAGUGCUCUGACAGAUGAAAUAUCUCUUGUACCUUGUAGUGUUUGCUUAAAAAGUAGUGUGGUUAAAUGUAACAUUGUCUACAUUUUCUAGCAAUUUUGAUGUUAAAAUUAAUUAAGGUGUUAGAACUGAUUGUAAGAUAAUGGAACAAAGCACUAUCAGUCAAUUAGGACAUCAUGAUGAGUAUAAUAUCGUUUAUUUAAGACAUGUUGCAUGAGGAAAUGUUAACAUACCAUUAAUUACAGUGUCAUAUUAAUUCUCUGUGCUGUGUUAAAGCCCAGUUCAGCUACUUUUGCUGCAGACAUGUUGAGAUUCUUCUUCUUUCUGAGAAAACAUGCAGUAGUGCUUUAAUUUAGUAGCCAUUGUCUGGUCUUUAGCCCUUUUGUGUUUUGAAUUAGUUGUUUCAGUUUGAGUCAGCAGUGCAAGUAGAUUUUUCCCUCUGAUGAAAAAACACAUAGUGAGGACAUGAGAUGUGUCUUGUACAUUCAUGUUUUGCUGCUCAUAUUGGUGCUUACUGUUUCAUAGCAGUGCUUUCAGAUAACGGGUUUUUUUUUUCACCAGCCUUUGGACAGCCUUUUGGAGAGCCUCUGGAUUGCCCUUGGACAUCCUUUGGUCGACCACCUUUGCUGCAUCACCUCGUAUCCUUUCAUCCAUCCAUCCAUCCAUCCAUCCAUCCAUCCAUCCGUUUUGUCUGCCUUGUUUUCUCUCUGUCUCUCUCUGUGUCUCUCUCUCUCCCUGUGUUUGUGUGUCUCUCUUGUGCUCUUGUGCUGUCUUCCAGGAUGCCUCGGAAGGGGAGACGCUCCCAGGCCCAGAAGCAGCGCUGGAGGAAGCUGGACGCGUCUGAGAUGUCCACCCCUCCUGUCGACGCACCCCACUGCUCCCGCUCUCCCCAGUACAAGAAGGUUGGUUCCACCCUGCCAGCCGGACGGUUCUGGGAAGAGCGGCAAGCGCGUGCAAACCUUAUUGCACGCUGUGGCACCGGUUACCGCCACAAGGUUUUAAAAUGGCCAACUUCACCCUUUACUGGGCGCAACCACAAGUUGGUCAUUCCUCCUGAGCGCCCUGGAAAGAAGUUCAUUCUUAUUGUUGGGGACUCCCAUCUACGUGCUCUUGUAGAUGGCUUUAUUCGGAUGCCAGAGUCUCGGCUGAGCUUUGGCUUCCUGUCGAUCCCGGGGGCAUCUGCUUCUGAAAUUCGCACUGAGGUUCUGCACGCUGCAGUUCCUCGUGCACCUGAUGCCGUCUGCGUCAUGGCCCCUGGCAACAACCUGACCAGCACCACUGUUGAGAAGGCCGGUGUAGAUUUUGCCAAUCUCCUCACCACUUGUGGCAACCGCUGGUCCAAGGUUUUUGUGGUCGACUUUCCUCCCCGCCUGGUCGUUGACGUCCAACACCAGGACCUGCUUCGCCAGGAAUACAGACGUGUGGCUGCUCGUAUGGGUGUAAAGUUCUUCAACACUGCAGAGCACUUCCCCCUGAGUGAUUUGGUGCUGUGGAGCAAGGAUGGUGUCCAUCUGAGUGAUCGUGAGGGGAUGGGGAUCCUCGUUCAGUUGUUCUGGUCCGCUGCCAGCGAGCAACUGAUGACACCACCUCCUUCGCCCCGGAUCUCUCCUCAGCCUCCAGUUCGGAAAGCUACAGUGAGAGAGAGAUCCCCUGCUCCACCCAGCCCAAAACCCCGUGAACGGAGGAAUAUUGGUCAGGGCGGCAAGACGAGCCAUCCUCGGGAACCUCCCCGGUCCAGAGGUUCACCAAAGCCCAGGAUGGCUCAACAGCAGGUGGAGGAGAGCUUUCUUCCGCUGAACCCCGUCUGGUUCAGCAGCACAGCCCUAAGUGCCAUGGAGAAAGUGUCUCCCUCCCAUAUGUCUUGCCUGGCGGAUUUCAAUGCCAUGGAGAAAGUGUCUCCCUCCCAUACGUCUUGCCUGGCGGAUUUCAAGGCUUCUCCUAAGCCAAAGAAGCAGCUGUUUGACUCACCCCCGGCCAGAUUGUCCUGCAGUUGGGGCAAGACAGAAACCCCUGUUUGUUCUCCCAUUGCAAAGAUGGCCAAGAUGAUGACCCCCUCACUGAAUAGACAGGUCUGGACAGCUGAUGAUGCGGGCUGCAAGCCUCCUUCUCCUGAGAAGAUGACCCGAACACUGACUCCAUCACAAACCAAGUGGCCCUGGUUCAUGACAGCUGCAUCCACCUCAGCUGAUGCACCAACAGACAAUGAUACAACCAGGAGCGAGAGUCACCGUGUGGAGUCAAUCCGGGCCAGUCAUUCUCAGAAUGAUGGGAGGUACAAAGUAUUUUCCCGCAACCAUCAGUGUAGCUGUAAUGCAUUGACAUUUCUGGCAUACCACACUGAGGGCUGUCAGUUCACCAGGACGACACUCGAUAGAGUCCUGGCUCAGGGAGACGCGCUGUAUGUCGGAGUCAAACAGCAGCUGAUUCGCGACAAGAGCUUCCAGAGCAAUCACCUGACAGUCGAGGAGAUGCCAAAACAAGUCCUCACAGACAGACAUUUGUAUAAUGUCAACAUGCGUGACAUCAGGUGUGGCUUUUUGAAAACCAAAGUCUCGAGCCCUGGAAGACAGCAGUGGUGGCUUCCGCUUGCCACCCAGCUGGAGUGUCUUUCAGCAGAGGUUAAUCAGGCUUUAAUCGUGAUUUCACCCGAGGUUAUUGCUGUUUUCCGUGAUCAGUCCGGGAGGUAUGGAGUGUUUGAUUCACACUCCAGAGACUCGAGAGGAUUACCUUCUCAUUCCGGUAAGGCGAUCGUCAUGACUUUCGCGGAACUCAGUGACCUGGCUAACCACCUGCACACACUCUUUAGAGACCGUGGAGACUCUGCGAGUUAUGAGUUUGUCCCGGUUUCUUUUCAGACUGACAGCCCCAGUGAACAUCCUGAACAAUCCCCGGAAACUGAGGUUCAGGAUGAAGUGUCUGAACCUGCUCUCCUCGCAUUGCAGGCAGACAGUGGGACGGCUGUCAAAAUUGAGGAGGACGUUAAAGGUUCCUCAGCUGUCCCACAAGCAAUUAAGCUCUCUAAAUUGGACAAAAAUCGUAGGCGAAAAGCCAAGAGGAGAGCAUGUGACAAAAAGGAACAAGUGAAAGAAAAAAUUGGGAAAAAAACUUGUGAGAGAAUCAGGUAUGCCAGCUGUGCCGAAUUUCGCAGGAAGAAAAUUCAGGCACACAGUAAGUGUGUGCAAAAGAACCGUGAACAACGGCUCUUGUCUUCUAAAAAGUAUUAUGCGAAAUUCAAUGUCAAAAUGCGAGACAGCGUAAAAAUCAAAUACAUGACAGAUUCUGCUUUUCGGAGCAGGAAACAAAAUUAUGUUGUCAAGAGGUAUAGCACGGAUCCGGCCUUUCAGAACAGGCACAAAAAUUAUGUUGUCAAGAGGUACAGCAUGGAUCCAGCCAUUCUGAACAGGCAGAAAAAGUAUCUUGUCAAGAGAUACAGCACGGAUCCUGCUUUUCGGAACAGGAAGAAAAAUUAUAUUGUCAAGAGGUACAGCACUGAUUCUGCCUUUCGGAACAGGCAGAAAAAUUAUCUUGUCAAGAGGUACACCAGAGAUCCUGCCUUUCAGAACAAGCAGAAAAAGUAUGUUGUCCUCAGGUACAGGAAGGAUCCAGAGUUCAGGCUACAUCAUAUUCAACGUUGUAGCCUGCUCAGAAGACGCAGGUCGGCUGCCAAUCCUGACAUGCGUCAGAAGUUGUGGAGAGCACUGAGCAUCAGGCGGAAAUACCGACAGCUUGGAACCUCUCGCCAGCCAGUGCUCACUUCAGUGAUGGCAGCGGCAAUAGCAGCGUUCCGUGAGACCAUCAGCCACGGACCAACAUACGUCUGCACCAUCUGCCACAGGACUAUGUUUCCAAAUCAAGUCAAGUCUUGUAAGAGAGAUAAAUACUCCACCAACGUUGACGUGGCACAGGCUUGCUUGACUGGAACGCAUUUGCAUGUCUGUGACGCUGAGUGCUCCUCCCCUUGCUCAAUGCCACCAGAGCGACUGCAGGAGUGGAUCUGCCACAACUGUGACAGCCACCUCAGCCGUGGGAGGAUGCCAACACAUGCAGUAGCGAACAAUUUAGAGUUGGCACCCAUUCCCCCGGAGUUGGCCCAACUCAAUGUGCUGGAGAGACAGCUCAUCGCUAAAAUCCUUCCGUUUGCUAAGAUCAUCGCCUUACCGAAAGGACAGCAGCGAGCAGUCCACGGAGCUGUUGUGUGCGUUCCAUCGGAAGUGGAAAGCGUUGUCAACAGUCUUCCACGUCCCCUCCCAGAAGCACAGCUACUGCAGGUGAAAUUAAAGCGUCACAUUCGAUUCAGAGGUUACCAGCACUUCUACACUGUCAACAUGAUGAAUGUGCUGGUAGCCCUGGAAAAACUCAGAGAGCAGCACUCUGAGUAUUCUGAUGUGACCAUUGAUGAACAGGCCACGUUCCAAAAUCUCCUCCAUGACUCAGACAACGAGUGCACGGAUGAUGCGCAGUGGGGAGAAGACGGCAUGCUCGACGAGGAGCUGCUGGAGGCGGCUGAUACCUACACUGAGCCAGUCUUGGCCGAUUUUGUGUCAGCCGCAGGAACGAGUCGGCCAGAAGAUGACCAAACACGCAAUACUGACAUGCCAUCACCAAGCACUGAGCUGGUAAACCGGUCCAAUGAUGUCACAACAGAAACCCUCUUGGAGGAGUCUGCUGAUGACAUAGACUCUCAGCACGACGGCAUGGAUGCUGCCCAGUGGGGAGAAGACAUCUUGGACCAAGAGCUGCUACAAGUGUCUGACAGCUACCAGACCAAUUUAGCUGCAGACAUACCCACCGAACAGCAGGAGGAGCUAAGACCUGGACUUGCUCUGGACACCUGCAUGCAGCCACCAGACAUUGCACAGGAAAUACUUUCCUAUGGAGAUGGCAUUUUCAGCGUUGCCCCCGCCCAAGGCAACAAACCUGUGGGAUUUUUUGCAAUCCCCAAACUGGAAGCCAUGGCGUUCCCUGUGCAGUUUCCCACGGGAGAGAACACGCUGGAUGAAGAGCGUCCCAUCAAACUUUCACCCAGCAGAUACUUUAACGCCAGGCUUUUCGGGGCAGACACGCGGUUUGCCGAGGACCAGACUUACCUUUUCUUUGCGCAGUUUGUAACGGAGACGAACCUCGCGAGAGGAAGUAUGUCGAUACAAAUGCGCAAAGGAAAGAUGCGCACAAAAGACGGGCGUGCCAUCAAAAACUCCAUGCUCCAGGACAAAGAGGAGGUGGAGAGAUUGAUUCAGGCCAAAGAGGCCAUGCGAUUUAUGCAGCCUCUGAGAGGCACACCCGCAUAUUGGAAUAAAAGCCUGAGAGAUUUGCAUGCUAUGCUCAGGCAACUCGGCAAACCGACGUUCUUUUUGACUUUUUCGGCAGCUGAGAUGAGAUGGCCUGAAAUAAUUGGGGUCAUCAAAUCUCAGCAAGGACAAACACUUGGUGACUUUUCCGAACUGGACUGGAAAGCCAAGUGUGACAUUUUGCGCAGUAACCCUGUCACCGUUAUGCGCAUGUUUGAAAAACGUGUGGAUGCCCUUAUGGCAAAGUUGAUCCUCUCACCAGCGCGGCCCAUCGGCGAGGUGGAGGAUUAUUUUUACCGCGUGGAAUUUCAGGCCCGCGGAAGCCCACACAUUCACAUGCUAGUGUGGGUCAAAGACGCCCCUGUGUACGGCGAGGACUUGGACCACACCGUAUGCAGGUUCAUUGACCGCCACAUUUCCUGCCAGAUGCCUGACCCCGAGAAGGACCCGGAGCUCCACAAAAUCGUCUCGGAGGUUCAGGUACACAGCAGGAGCCACACCGGCUCUUGCCGAAAGGGAAACGUGGUGUGUCGUUAUGGCUUCCCCAAGCUGCCGUUUGAUAUCACCUGGAUCACGGGGCCCUUUGCUGCCGAUGUGGAAAUGGAAGAUGGUCAAGACCAGGAAGAGGUGAUGAAGGAACGGAGGGAGCAGAUCCGUCGGCAGCAAAGGGAAGCAAAGGAAAAGCUUCGGCACCUGAGAGAGCUCCUCAUGGAUCCGAAGGCCUCCUUUGAGAGCUUGUCAGAUCUCCUCCGUCGAUGCGACUUGGAACACGACGCCUAUCUGAAGUGCGCCGAAAAUCUGACAAGCGGGAGCGUGGUCAUGCUGAAGCGGCAGCCGAACGAAUGUUGGGUUAACGCCUAUAACCCAGACCUUCUCCGCGCUUGGAACGCAAACAUGGACAUCCAGUACGUCCUGGACGAGUACUGCUGUGCCAUGUACAUGAUGUCGUACAUCACCAAGCCGGAGCAUGAGAUGACCGAGAUCCUGAACUCGGUCGUGAAGACCAGCAGAGAGUCUGCUUUCAACCAAAGUGAGGAAAUGAGAAAGAUCAUGCAGGCCUAUGCGAAGCACAGAGAGGUCAGCGCCCAGGAGGCAGUGGCUCGCACGUGCAGCUUGCCCCUGAAAAAGUGUUCGCGGUCUGUGAUUUUCCUCUCGACGGACGAGGAAGCCAUGAAGAUGAGUCUUCCUAUGAGUCGCCUGAAGGACAUGGCACCUGACUCUGAAGAGGUCUGGAUGUUGGGGGUACCUGACAAGUACCUGUUCAGACCAAAGACUCCCGAGUUUCAGGGGAUGUGCCUGGCUGAGUUUGCAUCAGACUACCGGGUAGUCUACGGCGAACAAGCACAGGGCCCCAGUGCCAUUGCCCUUUUGUGUGACAAAGGACAUAUUGCCAAGAGGACAGCCGGAAAAUCAGCAGUCGUUCGAUAUGCGCGCUUCUCUGAGACCAAGGCGCCAGAGAAACAUUUCAGACGACUGCUAAAGCUGUACCUCCCCCACCGAUCUGACGACGAACUCAACGACGGGGGUCGCACCUCGUACGAAGAGUUCUACAAAUCCCGACGCGACGUCAAGGACAUCGUGGAGCACAACAGGAAGCGAUUCGAGGGACGAGGCGCAGGCAUGGAUAAGGCACUCCAGAACGUCCAGUUCGGUCCGGUCCUCAACGCUUGGAACACGUUCGCACCCGAGGUUGAGGCGGAACGGCAGGAGUGUCUUGAGCUCCGUGAAAAGAUCCCAGAGGAGCAGGAUGAAGACGCCGUGCCCGACUUUGAAGACCUGAAUGUCGGUGAACCCCUUCCCCGAAUCGAGGCGCCUCGGUUAAGUCCAGACUUUGUCCGCAAGAUGUUUCAGAGUCUGAACGAGACCCAGGCGUGCGUCUUCUACGCUGUGCGCCAGUGGUGCCUUCGGCGUGUGUGGGGCCAAGAUCCAGAACCGUUCCACUACUUUGUCUCUGGUGGAGCUGGUUGCGGUAAGUCCCACGUCAUCAAGUGCAUUCAUGAGGAAGCAACGAGGAUUCUGCGGCAGCUCCCGAGAUUCCGGGACGCAGCUGACAUGUCCCAGCCCACUGUCCUUCUGACUGCCUUCACGGGCACGGCAGCCUUUAACAUCGCGGGCAAAACGUUGCACUCUGUCCUUAAGCUUCCCAGGUCCCUGGAACCGCCGUACCAGGGCCUGGGCAAUGCACUUGAUGAACUUCGAGCAACUUUGUCUUCGGUGGAAAUUCUCAUCAUCGAUGAAAUUUCCAUGGUUUCCAAGAAGCUGUUUGCCUACGUCAACUGGCGAUUCCAGCAGCUCAAAGGAAACCGAAGACCUUUUGGCGGCAUUUCCGUUCUUGCAGUCGGUGACUUUUACCAGCUGCCGCCGCUGGGCAGGGCCAAGCCGCUCUGUGUCUACGAGGAGACAGAGUUUGAUCUCUGGAGAGAGCGCUUCACCAUGGUCAACCUCACUGAGAUCAUGCGCCAGAAGGAUGACCGAGCGUUCGCCGAACUCCUCAAUCGACUGCGUGUCAAGCGCAAGCAAGAUCCUCUGUGCGCUGCGGACAGAGGCUUGCUCAUGAGAGCCGUCUCUGACGGCAAAGAUUGCCCGCCAGGAACGCUGCACGUCUUUGCCACCAACAAGCAGGUAGAUGGUCACAACGCAGCCACCGUGGCCUCCCUGCUUAAAGGGGACGUCAAAAUAGCGGCCGAGGACUACAGGAAGGAUGUCGCUACCGGCAGGAAGGUGCCUGUGCCCAACAUCAAAGGCACCAAGAGAGAUUUGCCUGACAGCAUAAUGGCAGCUGAAGGAGCAAGAGUUAUGCUGAUCAGGAAUCUCAACGUGGAGGAUGGCCUUGUCAAUGGAACCUUUGGGACCAUCUCCACCAUUCUGCCUGACAGACGUGACCCUAAAGUCGUGAGCUUUCUUGGACUUAAACUGGAUAAUACCACAGCGGGACAGACUCUCCGCAAAAAGCUUCUGGGCCCCUCGGACGACUUGGUGUACGUCGAGAGAUCCGAGGAGAGCAUCGGUCGCAAGGGCGGAGUCGUGAGACGUCAGUUCCCCGUCAAGCUGGCCUUUGCGUGUACAGCCCACAAAGUUCAGGGAAUGACGGUGACGUCGGCUGUCGUGAGCCUGAAACGCAUGUUUCAGCCAGGCAUGGCGUAUGUGGCGCUUAGUCGCACCACUUCGCUUCAGGGUCUCACCAUCACCGAUUUUGAUGAGACAAAAAUCUAUGCUGACCCUGCCAUUACGACAGCUUUGGAAGACAUGCACAGCGCGAGUUUUCAGAGUGUUACUCCGCUGUUGCACCGCUUCAACCGGACGGAGCGACCAGAUGCAGAGGUGACAAUCGUCCAUCAUAACACCCAAGGGCUUCCAUCUCACAUGGUGGACCUGAAGUUGCAUCACGAACUCAGGUUGGCAGAUGUGCUUUGUCUCACCGAGACACAUCUGUCAGGGUCCUCUGUAUCCUCGUCCUUUGAUCUGGAGGGAUACACUGUGUUUCACCGCAGCAGACAGGCGUCUUACACCACGUGCAGGGACAUGGCGUCAAAGGCCGGGGGUGGAGUUGCCGUGUACUGCAGGAGCGCUCUGAUGGCGGAGGCGCCGAGCUGCAUGGGACGUGUCACAGAUCUGGAAUGUCUGGUCGUGAAGGUUGAGGUCCCAGUCAAAGUGCUAAUAGCAACUGUGUAUAGACCCCCAGAUUUUGGUUUGCAAAAGUUUCUGCCAAACCUCAACGCUCUCUUGGACACAUUGGAACUGUUGGAUCACCACCCUAUUGUUGUUUGUGGUGACUUCAAUGAAGACCUCCUUUCUAGAGGCAAAAAAAGCAUAAGAGAUGCACUUCUGUCCAGGGGCUACAACCAAUUGAUCACAGAGUCUACCACAGACAAGAACACUGUGAUUGAUCACAUUUACAUUUCCCAACCUGAGAAAUGUGUUCAGUCAGGUGUUCUCCAAACAUAUUAUAGCUAUCACAGCCCGGUCUAUUGCAUUUUGACUGACUAAAGCCUCACCAGCCAACACUGAUUUUGUGUCACACACUCACUUUGUGACACAUCAGCGUGUUGUGCUGUCCGAUUUUACAGUUGUGUCACACGUGUUUUCAUGUGGCACAUUGUUCUGCUGUGUUUUGUUCUUGGUCUGAUUUGUUCUUUGAGUUCCAGGCCUGAGGGAGGUGCAGGAGGUGCAGUGGUGAGAUCAGACGUCCUCCCACAAGUCCCCUCCUCUCGGACGCCCAGUCCUUUUGGAAGUCUUCUACAGCCUCCCCAUAGGCAUGUCUCAGAAUUUGGACUUGGCUUCCUGUGGUCCAGGGAGCGGGGUGUGUAGUGUGCAGUGUCGGCCGACGGCCUGUAUAGGUCCGGUAACGACUGUAGCUCCACAUCUGCUUCCACGACCUGCUACGACGGGACAUGCCUCAGACAACACAGAAGACCUCCAGAAGGCUGAAAGAAAAGGCUGAAUGUUGUAAAUAAAAAAUGUAUAGUAUAUGAAAAU